CAAAACGGCCCUCAGUUCGGGAAGCGACAGUGGAGGAGGGCUCUGCUCCUCCCUGAAGGCGGUGCUGCAUGCCAGAGCAAACCACGCGGAGGGUUGUGGGGCGGAUAGCUCCCCUCCCGAUGGAGACUCAUGGAGUCGGGUGGGCGGGGGACUCCAUGUCCCAGCAUGCCCCGCGGCGGGCCCGACCGGCCGCGACUCGGGGCUUGGCCCCGGCCCUAGCUCGUCGGCGGUGUAUUGGGGCGCGUAGAGGCUGUAGUCACGGUGGCGCCCGCGGGGACGGAGGUGGGAAUGAGUGAAGAGGAGCAGGGCUCCGGUACUACCACGGGCUGCGGGCUGCCCAGUAUAGAGCAAAUGCUGGCGGCCAACCCGGGCAAGACCCCGAUCAGCCUUCUGCAGGAGUAUGGGACCAGAAUAGGGAAGACGCCCGUGUACGACCUUCUCAAAGCCGAGGGCCAAGCCCACCAGCCUAAUUUCACCUUCCGGGUCACCGUUGGCGACACCAGCUGCACCGGUCAGGGCCCCAGCAAGAAGGCAGCCAAGCACAAGGCAGCUGAGGUGGCCCUCAAACACCUCAAAGGGGGGAGCAUGCUGGAGCCGGCCCUGGAGGACAGCAGUUCUUUUUCUCCCCUAGACUCUUCGCUGCCUGAGGACAUUCCAGUUUUUACUGCUGCAGCGGCUGCCACUCCGGGUCCAUCUGCUGUUCCAACCAGGAGCCCCCCCAUGGAGGUGCAGCCCCCCGUCUCCCCUCAGCAGUCUGAGUGCAAUCCUGUUGGCGCUCUGCAGGAGCUGGUGGUGCAGAAAGGCUGGCGGUUGCCUGAGUACACGGUGACCCAAGAGUCUGGGCCAGCCCACCGCAAAGAGUUUACCAUGACCUGCCGAGUGGAGCGUUUCAUUGAGAUUGGCAGCGGCACUUCCAAAAAGCUGGCAAAGCGUAACGCGGCUGCCAAAAUGCUGCUUCGGGUGCACACGGUGCCUCUGGAUGCCCGGGAUGGGAAUGAGGCAGAGCCCGAUGACGACCACUUCUCCAUUGGUGUGGGCUCCCGCCUGGAUGGACUUCGGAACCGGGGCCCAGGCUGCACCUGGGAUUCUCUGCGAAAUUCAGUGGGAGAGAAGAUCCUGUCCCUCCGCAGCUGCUCCUUGGGCGCCUUAGGUGCUCUGGGCCCUGCCUGCUGCAGUGUCCUUAGUGAGCUCUCUGAGGAACAGGCCUUCCAUGUCAGCUACCUGGAUAUUGAGGAACUGAGCCUGAGUGGGCUCUGCCAGUGCCUGGUGGAGCUGUCCACACAGCCGGCGACCGUGUGUCAUGGCUCUGCAACGACCAGGGAGGCAGCCCGUGGUGAGGCUGCUCGCCGUGCCCUGCAGUACCUCAAGAUCAUGGCGGGCAGCAAGUAAAGCCCCAGCUGGACUCACGGACACACGUCCUUGCUCCCUGCUCUUCUUCCCCCAGCCCUUGAGUCUGUUCAGCUCUGGUACCCCUGGAGGUGCCAUCUCUACCUCUGACACAGACUGCCUGCCUGCAGGCUGAGGAGGACACUGGCCCAGGAGCCAGGGACCACGGGGCUUUGGCUGGCCCAAGAUCCGUUCUCAUGUCACUGGUCGUGAUGAGUGGGAAUGAAACCAGGGGGCUCUCCCUUAGAGCCCAGAAUAAAUGCGCUGCCUCUUGGAUU